AGGGGAAGUGGAGGUGGAGGUGGAAGUGAAUGGCGGCCAUUUAAUUAGCUAACCGCCGAUUCGAAUGUUAGCACAUGUCACUAUAGCAACAAAAGACGUCAGACGCAGAUUGCACACGUGCACUCACAACCGUCCUUUUUACUACUGAAGCGGUUGACGUCAACAUAACCAACAUGUCGGAAAAGACUCCUCUUCUACAUUACCGACUCACCAACAGCACCUGCUCGGAGCCCAGAGAUGUAUGCAAACACAGCGGGACCAAGGCGGGCCGAGGUGGCCGACGGUCCAAGGGUAAACCGGCUCGGAAGCUUGGAGUGGUGUUUGGCGUGGUCAUACCAACUUUGCUCUCCAUGUUUAGCGUCGUUGUGUUUCUGCGAAUUGGAUUUGUUGUGGGUCAAGCAGGGCUCUAUCAAUCCAUAGCCAUGUUCCUUGUGGCCUACUUUAUCAUCACAAUGACCGUGCUUUCAGUCUGUGCCAUCUCCACCAAUGGGGCUUUAGAUGCUGGAGGUGCCUAUUACAUGAUCAGUCGUGCCCUGGGUCCAGAGUUUGGUGGCAGCAUUGGGAUCAUGUUUUUCUUUGCCAAUGUGUGCAGCAGUGCCCUCUAUGUUUUGGGUCUGGUCGAGGCUGUCAUGUCUAACUUUGGCAUUCCAGAAGAGGGUGUUGCCACUGUUGCAGGUCCCCAUCAGGUGUUGCCUUCAGGAUACUGGUGGUCACUGCUUUACGGCACCGUCCUGCUCUUCUUGUGUUUCAUUGUCUGCUUGGUCGGAGCCCACAUCUAUGCCAAAGCAGCCUUUAUUGUCUUCCUCAUAGUCACGACAGUCCUGGUUUCUGUCUUUAUGAGCUUCUUUAUUGUGAGGCCUAUUGUGGUGAUUUUACCAGACACAACUAGUUUAAACAUUACCAGCCUGAGCACGGCAAAUUACUCUGGCUUCCAGCUUCACACCUUGGAGGGCAACCUAUUGCCCAAAUACACAGUAGACUACACCACUGGUGCCAUGAUGAGUUUUGUCACUGUGUUUGCUGUCAUGUUCAACGGCUGCACUGGAAUCAUGGCAGGUUCAAACAUGUCAGGUGACCUGAAAAACCCCAGCUAUUCCAUCCCAAGAGGAACCCUUUCAGCUGUUCUUACAACUUUCAUCACAUACAAUCUGCUUAGUUUGCUGAUUGCGUGUUCCUGUGAACGUCACCUUCUGCAAAGAGACUACAGUUUCCUGGGGGACAUCAAUAUAUGGCCACCAAUGGUGACAGUUGGGGUUUACUCCUCCACUAUGUCUGCUGCCAUGAGUAACCUCAUAGGAGCCUCUAGGAUCCUGUAUGCCCUGUCCAAAGACAACCUGUUCGGUGGUGUCCUGGCUCUGGCGAAGAAAACGUCUCGAAGUGGGAACCCCUGGGCCUCAGUGCUCGUCUCCUGGUUGCUUAUACAGGUGGUGCUGUUUACUGGUAAAUUGAACACCAUUGCUGGCGUUGUGACCAUCUUCUUCUUGUUGGUCUAUGCUGCUGUGAACUUGGCCUGUUUGGCUCUGGAAUGGGCUUCUGCACCCAACUUCAGACCAUCAUUUCGUUGUUUUACGUGGCAUACCUGCACUCUAGGCAUUAUUGGCUGCCUGCUCAUGAUGUUCCUGAUAAAUGCCAUUUACGCAUUUGCCAGCAUAGCCUUUAUGCUGCUGCUUGUGAUGCUUAUCCACUACCUUGGCCCCAUCAGCAACUGGGGCUUCAUCAGCCAGGCUCUCAUCUUCCACCAGGUGCGCAAAUACCUGUUGAUGUUGGAUGUGCGUAAGGAUCAUGUGAAGUUCUGGAGGCCCCAGGUCCUGCUGAUGGUGGCAAACCCCCGCAGCUGUACACGUCUCAUGACUUUUAUUAACGACCUGAAGAAAAGUGGCCUCUAUGUGCUGGGACAUGUAAAGCUUGGAUCACUGGAUAAGUUGCCCUCUGAUCCUCUGCAGAGCAGUUAUGUCUCCUGGCUGUCUCUAGUAGACCGUCUUAACAUCAAGUCAUUCGUCAAUCUUACCAUCGCUGACUCUGUACGACAAGGAGUUCAGAACCUGCUUUUCAUCACAGGCUUUGGGGGAAUGAGGCCAAACACGCUCGUCUUGGGAUUCUAUGAUGACCACACCCCUGAAGACCACCUCCAGGGUAAAAUUCUUCUGUCUACUGGUCAUGGAAUGGAUGAAGCGAGUCCAUCCAUGGAACCCAGUGAGCAACGGUCUCUCAUCUUCCCCAGUUUACGGGGAACUGAGGAACCCAAAGACCUUGAGGAGGAGGAAUAUGUGUCAGUAAUUGCUGAUGCUGUAAAGAUGGGAAAGAAUAUGACACUGGCUCGUUACUUCAACCAUUUUGACCGGGAGGAGGUCCUGGGGUCAGGAAGAAAAAUCAGGGGCCACCGGAGCAAGAUGGGGCCAUUCAUUGAUGUGUGGCCUCUUAAUCUUCUUCGACCAGACACUCAUGGUUGUGUGGAUGUCUGCUCACUGUUCCUAUUACAGCUGGCCAGUGUGCUUCAAGAGACCCGAGCCUGGAGCCAGGCAAGACUCCGCCUCUUUCUAUGUGUGGAGGCUGGUUGCAGUCUGAGGAAGGAGGAGGAUACGAAACUCCAGGUGAUGCUGAAGGAGCUCAGGAUCUCGGCUCAGGUGCAAAUGGUGCCAUGGGACCAGGUGGUGGCUCUGCACUGGCAGAGACAACAAGAGGAAGAGGAAGCUGAAAGGGAAGAUGGUAUCCAGGAGUUUCCCAAUACUCCUCCUCAGCUGGCUGAUGAAUACAUCUGUGCUGUCAACAGUCUAGUUCGCAGACAUGGUGCCCCUCAGCCUGCUGUACGUUUCCUGUAUUUGCCCCGCCCACCAGCAGACACAAGCUAUUACCAUGCCUACCUGCAUCACCUGGACCUGUUGAGUCGAGACCUGGGCCCAACAUUGCUCAUUCAUGGGGUCACUCCUGUGGUCACAACUGACUUCUAAAAUUUUACUAACAACUCCUAAUUAAUCAUCUGCUCUAGUCUAGUAUUCAUCCAUGGGGCUGUGCAUGUCAGAACAAAUGAAUUCACCUGAUAAUUAUGCAAGUUAUGUAGAUUCACACUUUUGAAAAUGGAUUUGAUUCAAUGUUAAAAAUCAUAAGUGUUUAAGCUGUUUAGUUAUCACCAUGGAUAUAGUGGCAUGCAAGUGUUAAAUUUGCACAUUUUGUGGAAAUAAGGGGAAAAGGUUUUAGCAGUUCCUUAUUGACAUCAGUGUAUCAGGCCUGUACUCUUAAUGUUUUCAUGUAUUUGUUAAGAUACUGUUGCCACAUGGGAAUACCUCUUGAAGAUUGUAAAGUUUGACUUUUUUACCUGCUUAAUAUAAAAAUAAACUAAAUUAAUGUCUGA